AUGGCGUCUCAAGAAUUCGUCGCGCUAUUUCUAUCUGUAGAGAGACACCUAAUCUUUUCCCUACCUAACGAACCUCCUCAGAGAGCUGAACCUUGUUUAGAAUCUACAAUCCGCAAUGAACGAUGCCCAGAGUGCCGAGACUAUAUUAACGAACGACUUGGCUUUAAUGAUAUGAGUAGAAAAGAAAGAUUGUUAACUUUUAUACGUGAGGUGACAACUGAAGAUAAUUAUCAACCUACGCAAAUUAACACGAAAAGUUGGCAAGGCCCACCCAUUGUUAGUUUGGCACUAAUAAUUCCUCUCAAUGAAUCCAGACAAAAAAAGGCACGACAUAAGUUAAAUACGGAGGUUUAUAUAUAUUUACCGCCUGGUACUUCUUUAGCCACAGCAAAGGAUAAAAUAAAAAAGCUAGAUAAAUGUAUGACAUUUUUAGUGCUAUAG